AGGAGGUAGGGAGGGAAGUGAAACAUGAAUUUGAUUCAAUGUUGAUGCUGAAAAAUAUUCCCAAUACAGGUAGCUAGCAAGUUAAGAGCACCAGAGAGACUUUACCUGAUUAAUUAGAGAUGGAGUAUAUUUAUUGUGAUUUAGCCAUUGAAGUGGCAAAAUACCUCACACCAAAGGAUAUAUCUACAUGCUGUAGAGUUUCACUCCACUGGCGAGAAGUUUUUGGCAGUAAUGAGGUUUGGCAGCGUCUGUGCGACUCUGAGAUAGAGGAGUACCUGAGGACAACUCCGUGUGUAGUGGAGCCAAUAUUUCAACUCCCUCAACAUAUUGGCACUUCACUACCUCCUCUGAGUCAAUGGAAAGCCGCCUUUCUACGAGAACAACACUUGUGGACAAACUGGCAAAACCGGAACUUCAAAACUGUGGAAUAUGAUUUGGGAAAUGAGAAGAAUUCUACAGAGAAAUUUGUAACAAAUGAUUUGAUAAUGAGGUUUCUUCCCAAUUCAGUGGAACUGUGGGACGUAAGAGCGGAUCGUCCAGUUCUAAAGGACACAAUAUCAUUCGGAAAAACAAGAUGGUACACUCCUACGGUUUUAGAGAACGGGUUUGUUACCCUCAAGGGCUAUUACAAUAAUAAUGGUAAUGAUCGCUAUUUUACAGAAAUUUUCAAGGUUAAUCAAAAUGAACGCUCUGUAACCCUAAAAUGGUAUAUUGAACGAAAUGGCAAAGAAUUGUCUCUCAGACCGGGGUGCAGCGAGGAAUCAGUUAAGAAAAGAUUUUGUUCCGUAAAAGAAUUGAAUAUAGUUAUUACUCCAGGGGGGAAGUGCAUCGGAUACCUCAGCUACCCCUCCUCCAAUCCCUCGUACCCUGGUGGUAUCAUGCACUCAUUUUGUGUGUGGGAUUUAGAAAAUGGAGUAGAACUCAGAAAAGAAUCCCUAUUCCUACCAGAUUGUUUUUUGAUAAUUGAAGGAUGUAAAUCUAGUGCAAAUCAAUGUGAAGAUGUGGUAGUCAUUUUACCUUACCCAUUUAGCACCCCUGAUAGAUCAGGGCUUGCUUUUGGUACUUUAGAAUUUCAAGUUUAUAAUGCAAAUAAUCUUAAAUUCUUUCCGUUUAAGAAAAGGUGUACUUAUAUUGAUCAGGUGGCAGAAUCAGAAUAUGAAUCAGAUUAUGAAUCAGAAUAUGAAUCAGAAUAUGAACCAGAUUCAGAAAAAAAAUGUAGGGAAGAUCGAACUUUUUGGGUUAUAACUGAUGGGUUUUUGGCCCUUUCGGACUGUGGCCGUGAAGGCCGUGAAGCCAAAGAGUUCAUAAGAAUUUUCAACUACCAAACUGGUCACGAGCUGUACAAGUUGGAAACAAAUGAUUAUAACACAGCAAUUGAGGUGAUUGGGGAUACAUUCCUAUUCACGAAAAAUAUAUCUUUACCAUCAAGCUACACUCCGGGAACAAUAUGCGACGAUUUAUUUUUUGCAGGAGAUGAAAAAGAUAAGUUGCUCUUGUGCUCGGUUUCGCCUUCUGGAAGAGUUUGUGAAGAUGUAUUGGGUAGUAGAUAUAUAGAAGAAUUCUAUGUCGUUGGAAGGACAGGGUUUAUACAGGUUUUAUAUAUCAGUGGUGUUACUAAAGUUUGGAGAGUUGAUAGAUUUUUCAAUUUUCAAUUUUCCUUUCCUGAUGAAGGAGUUAAUGGAGCUUGCACUAAAGUAAUUACAACAACAGGUCCUCCAAACACAUUGGGGAUCUCAUACUAUUGGUAGUACAACAGGGUCGACAAGUGUUAGUAGAUGUUGCAGAACUGACUUCUAUUGAGAGUCUAAGGACACUUAAACGUUUUUGAAAUAAACAGCAUGGAUAGUGAAUAAUGCUACUGUUUACUUAACAUAGUCAACAAAGACAGAGAUUACAGUCCCCUCAAGUUUGAAUUCAUGUGAAAAAAGUUAUAGAAAUUACGCAUUAAUUCUACUGUCAUGGGUACUACAUUAUUGUUAUCUCUGUAACUUUGUUCUUCGUCUAGUCUUUCCUAAGAUUCUUUGUUCUGAUUAUUUCUUAUCCAUAUAUCAAAUCAUUCAACUACCUAUUGAAAUAAUAAUCAACACUAUAAUUAUGAGGUAUAACCUAUAGUCAAUACAGUGUUCUAAAUGCUUAGUAAAUCAAUGCUGUGCCAGGCAAAAACAAAAAGGUUUGCAUUCUGCAGUAUUUAUGCACCAAAUCAUACUAUAUAAUUUUAUAA